AUGGAUAAGAAUAUACCGGUUAUAAGUGAUCAACCAGGAUCAAUAAUAUAUCGUGAUUGGAAUGAUGGAUUAUGUGGUUGCGGAAAUGAUAUUCAUACAUGUUGUUGUGUAUUCUUCUGUUAUUCAUGUUCAGUAUGUUUAAUGUAUCGUGAUUAUGGAGAAUGUUGUUGUGCACCAUUAAUUGUACCGGCAUCUGAAUUUGUACUGGGAACACAACAUCGUGCACGUCAAAGAAUUAAAUUAUGA